UAGCCAAAGUAAAAAAAACAACAAUUAAACCUGCCUCUUCUUUCUUCUCUAGCUAGCAUAUCAUUCGCCAUGGCAGACCCUUGCCCUAAUUUCUUCACUACUGGAUGCUUCAACUUUAUACCUCUUCACUAUCACUAUAGUCUUGUAAAUUCGUACUCAACUUCCUCUCCUUAUUAUAAUCUCCAUCUCUACUCAAACAACAACAAAUCUUCCAUUCAAUAUCCUCCUCAAAAGCAAGCUCCUCCAUUAAUAGAAUACUUAAGUCCUCCAAAACAAGAAGAAGAGCACCGUUCGUUCUCUAGUAAGUCCAAGGAAGAGGAAAGGAAAAUGGAGGAAAAUGGUGAUAAUAAUGAAACUGUGGCUGUAGCUCUACAUAUAGGUCUUCCUAGCCCUAAUUCUGAUCUCGGUUCUAGGGUUUCCCCUUCAUUAACAGAUAAAGGAGAAGAAAGUACUACAGUUUCAGUGCACUCUUUGAAGAAACUAAACAAGGGUCAGUAUUGGAUUCCAACACCUUCUCAGAUUCUUGUUGGUCCUACUCAAUUUUCGUGUCCUGUUUGUCCUAAGACAUUUAACAGAUACAACAACUUACAGAUGCAUAUGUGGGGACAUGGAUCUCAAUAUAGAAAAGGACCAGACUCAUUAAGAGGAACCCAACCAACAGGAAUGCUAAGACUCCCAUGUUAUUGCUGUGCACAAGGUUGUAAGCACAAUAUUGAUCACCCAAAAGCAAGACCAUUAAAAGACUUCAGAACUCUCCAAACCCAUUACAAGAGAAAACAUGGAAUCAAACCCUUUAUGUGUAGAAAAUGUGGCAAGCCAUUCGCUGUUAAAGGUGAUUGGAGAACCCAUGAAAAGAAUUGUGGCAGAUUUUGGUUUUGCAUUUGUGGGUCUGAUUUUAAGCACAAGAGGUCUCUUAAAGAUCAUAUUAAGGCCUUUGGACAUGGCCAUGCAGCUCUUGGCAUUAAUUCCUUGGAAGAAGAUGAUGAAUUUGCUUCUGAAAUUGAACAUGAAGAGGACUCAUCAUUCUAAUAUAAAUUUGUUUUUAGGUGAAUUAUAUCUAAUAUUAGCAUUACCGGUCAGUAUUUGAUACAAAUGGUUUAGUACUCUUAUCUCUUAAGUUCCAUCACAGAGGAUAAGGUCGAAACGGAUAUCAUUUAUAUAUAUGAUACAGGUCACAGGUCACGCUGAAUUUAGUAGAGUCCUCGUUUUUCUUAUUUGUAUUUAUUAUCUUCCUUUUUUCUAGGCUAAUGUUAUUUCCCAUGUGCUCAUACGAGACAAAGAGAUAAUGUAAAUAAACCUAGUAUCUAAUAAAGUGGUUCAUCAAUAAGCUUUUCAAGUGCA